AUGAGUGAUUAUGACCAACAAAAGAUUCCAAAUGAAGGUGUUGGCGUUGGCUAUCCUCAAAAACCUUCUCCAUUACAAUCAUCUAAUCAUGCAAAGAAGUAUUAUACACAUAGAAAUCCAGUCAAAACUUUGUGCACUGUUUUACUAACUUUACUCAUCUUGGCUGGCCUUCUUGUGCUCAUAGGAUAUCUAGUUUAUAGACCCAAUGAGCCAAAUUUCAGUCUGGCUGGUGCUGCCAUCUAUGAAUUAAAUGUAACAACCCCUCCUUAUUUGUCCACCAUCAUGCAAUUCACAGUGUUGGCAAGAAAUCCAAACAGGAGAGUUCGAUUGGAUUAUGACCAACUUUCAGCUCUUGUUUACUACAAGAGUCAACCAAUUACACCUCCAAUGAUGCAACCGCCUUUAGUUCAGCUGUACAGGACAACUAUUAUAGCAGCUGUGCAAAACAGAUUUUUAAAAAGUUGUACAGGACAGCUACUAUAG